GGCAAUGCCAAGGUGGGUUUCUUUUCUGUUGGAGGCACAUUCCGGUUUGUUUACAUGUUCGAGAGAUGCCUGUCUCACAGGGGUGCACCUGGAGCCCUUCCUUCUCGACUUGCCUUACUCGUCUGUCCUCCUAAAUCACGGGGCUGUUUGCAAAAGUCUGAUCUGCUGUGCAGCACGUCAGAGGAAAUUUCACUGUUGCGCAGGGCUAAGGCAGCACAAGUCAGCGAUCUGGAAGCCGGCCCUGCUGCUCAGGACCAGCUGGGAUUGGUUUAGCAUGUCGAGGGUUGCCAUCCUCUCUGUGGCUGGCUGAUCCUACUCCUUGCAACCUGACAAUGGACUUGAGUCACUAUGUUCCCCUCUACUUGCUGGAUCACGUUUCAGCACCAGGCAGCGAGGCCAAGCCGAGCUCACUAUGAGGACUCUCCACAGGCUGAAGUUGAUGAGUUCUCCGAGCCUCAGCGAGCUGGGCAAAAGUGAGAAGACAGCCUUGGAGGAUAGGGGCUCUCAGCAACACAGGGAUGGAGCCAACGCCACCUGGAACAGCAUUCAUAAUGCAGUAAUUUCCGUGUUCCAGAAGAAGGACCUGGGUGACAAUGAGCUGUACACCCUGAAUGAAGGGGUCAGGCAGCUGCUGAAGACAGAGCUGGGCUCCUUCUUCACAGAGUACCUUCAGAACCAACUCCUCACCAAAGGCAUGGUUAUACUGCGGGACAAAAUUCACUUCUAUGAAGGUCAAAAGUUACUAGACUCUCUGGCUGAGACGUGGGACUUUUUCUUUUGUGACGUACUCUCCAUGCUACAAGCCAUAUUCCACCCAGUCCAGGGCAAGGAGCCCUCAGUGAGGCAGCUGGCUCUGCUACACUUCAGGAACAUCAUUACUCUGAACAUAAAGCUGGACGAUGCCCUAUCCCGGCCCCGUGCCCGUGUGCCUCCCUCCAUCACACAGAUGCUGCUCAUAUUGCAGGGGGUGCAUGAAUCCAGAGGAGUGAGCGAAGAUUAUUUAAAGCUGGAGGCUCUGAUCCAGAAGGUGGUGUCUCCCUACCUGGGCACCCGCGGCCUCUACGCAGAUGAUGGCUCUGUAGCACAGUGCUCCUGUGUGCUGGAUAAGCGGAUGUGGUACUGGCCCAAGUCCAGUGACUCCCCCGCUAAGAACCCUGUUGUGCGCUCUAAGAGCUACAAUAUCCCCAUGCUCACACCCGUGGUCGAGUACGACACAGAGACAGCCUCCGCAGGCAGCGCGGGAAUCCGCCGGCACUCCGCCUGCGAGAUGACCUCCUGCGUGGAGGAGGCUGCCUUCUCUAGCGUGCCAUCCAGCCCUGAGGUUGACCUCGCCUCCCCACUCUCAGCCGGCCGUCCCGAUGGCUCCGUCGAACAGGACUCGGCCCUGUCGGUUCACGAGAGGCAGCUCGAGGGAGUCUCUCCACUCCCGUCGCCCUGCAUUUACCCCGAGCACUCCCCGGGGACCUUUCAACUGGGCAGCUCCCACGAGUCAGGCUCCGACCUGGUCCUGGAGGCGGCCUUGCAUCCCACCAGCUCCUCCAGCCCAGACACAGUCGUGGAUCCAAUGGACUCGGAUGUGGAGGGAAUUUUCAUAGACUUUACCCGGCACUGCUCGGACUCCUCUACUUUCAGCCAUGAGAGUGGCAGGCAAAGUGUGGCAUAGUCCACAAAACCAGACGGCAUUACCCACCAGUUCCUUUUUUAAUAGGAACAUUUUAUCUCAGAAACAUUUCUAAAGAAAUGUGACGUGCUAAUGCGUUUAGUAAAAGGGAUUUCUACAUUUACAUUUCUACAUUUUACAUAGUAAAAGGGAUUCUACAGUUCACAUUCCUGAUUUUCUGUAUUGAAUGUUUCAAGUGAAUCACUCUCUGCUUAGCUAACCAAAUGAAACAAAUUCUGACUGACUUUUUCUUUUUUUUUAGAUAUUUUGCAGGUAGUACAGCUACACAAAGAUUAUCUUUAGAAAAUAUCUGAGGAAUCAUUCACAUUUAUUCUCAAAUGAUAAGCAUUUUCAAAAAAGGAUUGCUUAAGUUUAAACAUGAUUUUUGUUAUGAUUUUAGCAGUGUUUGUGUUCUGUUAGUUUCUAAACUGACAAUCAUGGUUCCCUUUAGAAUAAUAACUUAAUAUAUUUUAAUUGUUACUUAUUUGUAACUAUUUAUUUGUUAUUUUGUAUAAACGUAUGAUUAAUGAUGAUUUGGAAAUUAAAUCAAAAAAAAAAAUUUCUUCUCUGAGCUGAAUUAUGAAUAAUGUUCACAGGCAUGGCUAAAAGAUUGCUGUGGGAAUAGAAGAUGCUGGAUGGCAAGGUGAAAUACAAAAAGUAGUACAAAAAAGAAGGACACACAUGGCAUUUUAUCAGGGGUAGUCGAUAGUGUUUACUCUUAAGACCUCAGGGUGAACCCCAUGUACCUCCUGCCUCAGCAUGGAGACUGCUCCACCCAGUCCUUGUGGCGUAGAGUCUGCUGGUUCAGCCAGCUCACCAGUAAUCCUACAUGCAGUUUUGUGAAGACCAAGAGAGCCAGGAUGAGCAUUGGCAAUGCUAAUCCUCAACCCCAUCUUUACUAGAGAGCCACAGUUACUGGGUUUUUAAUAAGUAUUCAAUAUGAGCAAUGUGAACUCACAUUCCACCACAUAAUUAAAGCCAUGGAGUGUUUAGGCAUAAAACCGUAACUAUUUGAUCUUGGACUGGAGGACGUUUCAGUUCUUAGCCAAAACAAGUUUUAACAGAUUUGUCAUUUGAUAGGACAUCUAGGUAAUCAUUUCCACUAAAAUUGUGGAAACCUAGCUGUAGAGUGGACAUCUCUAAGACACUGAAGUGGUUAGCUAGGAGUUAAUCAGCAAAAAUGGUUUAAUGUGUAAUCUUCCAGUGUGUUUAAUAAAGCAAUAAGACAUUUUCCCAGUGAUUCUUCAAAUUACAAAACAGCCAUUAUACUGGUGUUUAUCACCUAGUGUACUGGUAUUCAUCACUGUAUGGAGCAUAAACUAGAUCCAGUAAUUUGAGAACUACAAAGUAAUUAUUCUUUUUACAUAAAGUGCAGCUCACAAGAUCAAACAUUUAUGAAAACGAAUUGUGGUAAACAUGACUUCUUGCUCCUGUAAGUUUAAGGGUCUGAACAGCAGGAGUGAGAUCCAUCAGUGCUGCCAGCUCUGUGCACUUAAUCUACACUGUAAUACUUUCAGGAAGAAGAACUACCAGCCCAACAGAUUCUCUUCUUUUUAACGGUUUUCAUUGAAAAAAACCAAACAAACAAAACAACCCCCCCCCCAAACUUCACUUCAGUUACAAAUUGGAAAAAAGAAAACAUAAAAGGCUCAUUUGGAAAGCAAACACAGAUAUCGUUUUCUUCAAAGCUCUUUAUCUAUUCCUUAGACAUUGUGUUCAUCAUAAAAACACCACAUAUUUACACUGAAGAUCCAUAACCUAUUAGUGACUGUUUAAUAAUGAAACCAAACAGAAAGUACAGGAACAGCACAAUGCAGAAAAAAAGGGUACAUCUGACUCUGCUGCGCUCGUAAAUGAAGUCUCUGAAACUAGCGUUUAAAGCAGGAGCCAAUACAUUCGUCUCCAGCAGACGGGGGGGGGGGAAGCACUUUGGUCAUCUUUAUUGACUGUCCCAUGCAGAAGUACAAAACCAGAAAAAAAAUGCCUUCAGAGGCUCUUCUGACCAAGCUGACACUGAGUAACAAUUUCUUCAUUUUAAAGUGCAUGUUUUGAGGCAUUUCUAACAGACGGCGAACACGCUGUGUCUUCAAGAGAACGCGCAUGCGCACACAAACACACAAAUGUACACACUAACACACACACACACACACACCUAAAUACACUCCUCCAUACACUGUAGCUCAAAUAAACGGAGCAGGGAGCAAGUGUCAAUAGUAUAAACAGCUGACAUUCAGAAUCUUGAACUGUGAUGUCACAUUAAUGUGACAGUGUCUCAAUGCUUCUAGUGACCACAUCUGUUCUAUAAACAGGUCAUUUAUUAUUAUUAUUAUUAUUAUUAUUAUUUUCCUGGGGGGUGGGGGGAGGGUGAGCACAAGAUCCUCUAAUGAUUUUUCGAGGUCUUUGCUCACUCUCCCCAAGCCUCACAAAACACAUAUUGCUGGAAACAGAGUCAAACUAUUUACUAAAAUAAACUUGAUGCUGAGUGAACCCAAAAGCCAUCAGGUAAACCAACAAUGCUCCAAAAAAAAUGGAAGUGAAUGACGUAGCCUGGAGUACCCAAAUGGAAGAAUGGCAUGAAAACUUCACACCUCACCCGAGGUGAACAGCCAAAUGAACUCAAGCUCAGACAGGUGCACCCUGGGUGUCCCAGCUCUGCUAAAGCCGUGGUUUUCAUCAUAUUCUCCCGGACGUUCAGUGCGUCUAAACACCCUGCUUAUUAUAUGAUGUGUUCACUGUAUCUUAAUGACUUUGGUGCACGGUUGCUAUGAGUGACUUAUAAAGGAAGCUAGGCAGGACCCAACAGGGCAGAAAACAUCUUAUUGCCAGUCUCAGCUCUUCUGCGCGGAGGUCAGAAGAGGCUGCCUUUGCUCAUGCAGCCACUGAACAUAAUCGCAGCCUGACAAGCGCUUCAAAAACACAUGUUCCUCUGUACACCUGCAUACAAGUAUAUGCAUACAGUACUGCCAAAUGUCAGGACAUGGUUCCACAUACAUAUCCCCUGCCUGUCCUAUUGAAACUCCAUUCCUGUAACAAUGCAAUUCCAAGAGAUAAAAUAACACUUUAAAACAAUUAAAACAGCUACACAUACAUGAGAACCACAAAAACAAUAAGAGAAUAAAAUAAAUAUCUGAAUUGCACAACUGAAAUGUAAGCCAGAGGAAAAAGGGCCAAAGGGUCAUUGUCAGGUGGCCCCUCUUGAAGG